CCGCGGGGCGGGUCCGCGGCGCCGGGGCGGGUCGGGGGGGGCCGGAGCGGCUCCGCAGCGGCGCAUAAGGAGCGCGGCGGGGCGCGGGCGCUGCAGCGGGGGCAGGUGAAGGGACCUGUUCUGAAGAGCCAAGAUGUGGCAGUCUGUGUCUGUCCUGUGUGUCCUGGUGGCCUUUGCCAAUGCCCGGAGCAUUCCUCACUACCCUCCCCUCUCCAGUGACUUGGUUAACCACAUAAACAAGCUCAACACCACCUGGAAGGCAGGGCACAACUUCCACAACACUGAUAUGAGUUAUGUGAAGAAGCUCUGUGGCACGUUCCUGGGCGGGCCCAAGCUCCCUGUCAGGGUAGAUUUUGCUGCAGAUAUGGACUUGCCAGAUAACUUUGACUCACGGAAGCAGUGGCCCAACUGCCCAACCAUCAAUGAGAUAAGAGACCAGGGCUCCUGUGGCUCUUGCUGGGCAUUUGGUGCUGUAGAAGCCAUUUCAGACAGAAUCUGUGUUCAUACGAAUGCCAAGGUGAACGUGGAGGUCUCGGCAGAGGACUUGUUGUCAUGUUGCGGCUUUGAGUGUGGCAUGGGGUGCAAUGGUGGAUAUCCCGCUGGUGCGUGGAGGUACUGGACAGAGAGGGGCCUUGUGUCUGGUGGUCUCUAUGACUCCCAUGUAGGCUGCCGUCCCUACUCCAUCCCUCCUUGCGAGCACCAUGUCAACGGCUCCCGGCCACCAUGCACGGGUGAAGGUGGGGAAACGCCCAGGUGUGAGCGACGCUGUGAACCCGGCUACUCACCUUCAUACAAGGAGGAUAAGCACUACGGCAUCACAUCCUAUGGUGUCCCUCACAGCGAGAAGGAGAUCAUGGCCGAGAUCUACAAGAAUGGCCCAGUGGAAGGAGCCUUUAUCGUCUACGAGGACUUCCUCAUGUACAAGUCCGGGGUGUACCAGCAUGUGUCUGGGGAGCAGGUUGGAGGCCACGCAAUCCGGAUCCUUGGCUGGGGGACUGAAAAUGGCACUGCUUACUGGCUGGCUGCAAACUCCUGGAAUACUGACUGGGGUGAUAAUGGCUUCUUCAAAAUCCUCCGAGGAGAGGACCACUGUGGCAUCGAGUCAGAGGUUGUGGCUGGCAUCCCUAGUACGAUGCAGUACUGGAAGAAGAUGUAAGGUUCCUCUUGCACUGCUGCUGAAUUGAUCAAAUCACAAAUAAUCCUGAGUCCCUGAUGCUUUUAACUGAUAGACUGGGUGCAGAGCCCCCACUCUAAGAGACUAUAGUUGAGGUUACUUUAUUAAAGCUUUUAUCUUUUUUUUUUUUUUUUUUUUUGGUUUUGUUUUUUUAAUUGUAUGGUGGAGCUGGAGGCAGCAGGUCCUGUACUGGCAUGUGAGCUGCUCUCUGCAAGCCCCCUGCUCCUGCUGUGUAUGGGGUUGGUGGGGCAUUCCCUGCUCCGAGGACUGCUGUGGGCGUCGCUGGCAUCUUGUGCCACAGUGUUUGGUUAGCUUGAAUCUCUUGCAGGCGUCCAGCCCAAUAUAGCAGAUAUUGGGAGGGCAGGGAGCAGCAGCUUUGUGCUGAGAGUAGGGACUUGGUAGGGCAGUGGAGACCAAACCUGUCAGGAAACCCAGGCCACUUUCAGGUGUGAUUUGUGCACCCCUGGCUGGAGGGGUCUGCCUGUUCAGUGCCCAAAGCAAGCAGGGCAUGUUAGAGAGCUUGUGCCUUGUUGAAUUGGCUAAACUUAGACCUGUUAAUGACAAACACCGACUUUCUUGAUGUGACAGGCAGGAGGGGCUUUAUUCAGCUCCAGCCCCACAAGUCCUUUGUGAAUUACUUGUUCUGCUCCAUUCGGCUGCUUUUUAAACCACUUGUUUCUCAGCUGUUUGUUUUCACUGCUGUAGCCUGGGGUUAUUGAUGUUAGGGAAGGGCCUAGCCAGACCUCCCAGAGCCCCUGAUCAAGUGUCCAGCAGUACUGUGGUGCAGGCUGGGAAGGGCAAACCCACUAUGCUUGUCCAAGGCGGAGUGGCCUGUGCAGCUUGGUGUGCUUUGGGUCAUGCCUUUGGAAGGAUGCUGCAGCUGAAGGGAGGGUGGUGGGGUGCUCUGGGACUGCAGAUACUGAACUGUGAGCAGAGAAGAGGGAUGCUCUGUAAAUCUAGCUUAGGGAGCAUGUGCAGAAGCUUAGAGGCAUCUUGGUGCCUUGCACACAACUAAAGCUUUUUUUUGAGCCACAGACAUUAAGAAAGAAAAAACUUAUUUUUGUUACUGGGGGGAGGUUUAAUAGCUGUGUAGGAGGAAUCAUGUGAUUUACCAACACUAAUACAGCAAAAUAGCUUUUAUUUUCUUUUUAAGCACAAGGUACAUUGCAACAAGCCUGAAAUGAGUGAAGCAGGCCCUCCCUUGUACUGUAUAAAUAGCCCCUUACCUCUGCUUGCUUGGACAAGUGAGCCAGAGCUCUGGUGUAUAUGAAUGGAACAACUGUGCCAAUAAAGGAUUUCUCUGA